AUGGAUACAGUUGUAAAUGAUACUAUGAAUAACCCAAUCGAGACAGCAAUGGUGGAGGAUACUAUUAAUGAGCCAAUGGAAACAGCAACUGAGAAUGACGUACAGUUGAAAAGCACAUCGACGCACCAUGUUUUAGAGUCGUUUGACCUAUUUGACGGAAAUAAUGAGCUGAUAUCAGAGUAUAUGACACGUAAAACAGAAAUAUCUGCUUCUCAUUCUCAAUACAUCAAUGAACAUCCCGAACUCAAGGCCUUCAUGUCUGACUACCUUCAGUUUUUACUACAUCGCAAACCCCAAGAUGUAUAUCAGUUUACACUCGAGUAUUAUCAGCCUUGA